GGCCAGUCUUCCCAUACAUUCUUCCAUAGGGACUGCAGUGAGGAGUUGUUGAAACGAGUGCCGUGUGCUGAAUGUUGGCCGGAAACUACUGCAGAUUAUAGUUCUAUGACUGUCAACAAGUCAAUACCAAUUUAUAAUGAAGUAGGCGUUCUUGACAAUGGCAUCGGAGACCAAGUCACGCAUGAGUCCUGUGCAAGGAGCAGGCGGCGCUCCCGCUGUGCGCAUUACAGGUUCCCAGCCUGUGCAGGACAAGAAGAGCGGUGGAUGUUGCUGAACGAGACUGCUGGACCAGACCGUAAAUGCUCAUCAUUCAUUUUCUCCGUUUAUAUCUAUUCUCCAUGC